AUGGCCCAGGAGUGGGACGCGGUGCUGUCGGGGAUGACGACAGGCAGCCGCUCGCGGAGCUCCAGCAGCGAAGCCAGCCUGGCUCCCCGCUACCUCCUCAGCAAGCAGAGCCGCCUGCUCAAUGGGACCACCCGGAGCAGCCGUGCCGCCUCCCCCAUGGGCCGUGUCAUCCUCAUCAAUGCCCCCAUCGAAGCCAGCAGCAAUGAGAGUGAUGUCAUCAAUGCCAUCACAGUGGAGAAGAGCGUGGACGGCAAACUGGGCUUCAGCGUCCGUGGCGGCUCGGAGCAUGGGUUGGGCAUCUUUGUCAGCAAAGUGGAGGAGGGGAGCACUGCUGAGCAGGCCGGGCUGUGUGUUGGCGACAAGAUCACAGAGGUGAACAGUGUGAGUCUGGAGAACAUCACGAUGAGCAGCGCUGUCAAGGUCCUCACCGGCAACAACCGCCUCCGCAUGGUGGUCCGGCGGAUGGGCCGUGUGCCAGGAAUCAAGUUCUCCAAGGAGAAGACGGCGUGGGUGGACGUGGUGAACAGGCGCCUGGUAGUAGAGAAAAGCGGCUCGACACCAUCGGAGAGUGGCUCCGAGGACGGGCUGCGGCGCAUCGUCCACCUCUACACCACCUCUGAUGACUACUGCCUGGGCUUCAACAUCCGCGGUGGCAGAGAGUUCGGCCUCGGCAUCUACGUCUCCAAGGUGGACCCCGGAGGGCUGGCGGAGCAAAACGGCAUUCGGGUGGGAGACCAAGUCCUUGCAGCCAAUGGAGUCAAGUUUGAAGACAUAAGCCAUAGCAAGGCAGUGGAGGUGCUCAAGGGGCAGACCCACAUCAUGCUCACAAUCAAGGAGACAGGCCGGUUCCCUGCCUACAAGGAGUUGGUGGCCGAGUACUGCUGGCUCAGUCGCUUGACCAACGGGCAGCUGCAACAGCUGGCUCAGACCUCGGAAACCAGCUCCUCCAUCUCCUCCUACUCCUCAGGACCAGCCCCAGGGGCGGUGAAUGGGCUGGGGGCAGCUUCCCCAGUGCCCCCAGCCCGCACCGUGGAUGUGGCCAUCUCCACGGAGGACGGGCCACGGCGGGGCUGGGUGCGGGAACGUGCUGAGCGGGCCAUGCAGACCGAGCCAGCCACGGAGGGGCUGCCGGAGACACGGCGCACAGUGCGGCCCCCCGAGCUGCUGCGGGACACGGCCAUCCGGGGCCAGGGCACCCGCGAGGCCCCUGGAACCCACCCACGCCGCACCUUCACCCACUCACCCAAGACGGCGCUUCUGCUGGCGCUGAGCCGGCCACGGCAGCCCAUCACACGCUCCCAGAGUGACCUCACUGUCGCCGAGGAGAAGCGGAAGAAGGAGAAGCCAGAGGGACAAGGGGCACGGGGGGCUACCCCAGGAUUGCACCGCUCCAAGACCCUUGUCAACCUCUUUUUCAAGGGGGGCCGUGCCACCAGCCAGAGCUGGGCCCCCCCCAGCCAGGAGGCCCCUGGCUCUGAACGCUGGGCACGCUCCAAGUCCCCAGGGCGCUCUGACGGGGACAGAGUAGGUGCUGUGCAGAAGUUUGUCAUCCGGAGCCUGAGGCGGGAGAAAAGCCGGCGUGCCAGCAUCCUGGGCCCCAUGGGCAUGGCCACCCUGCAGCCCAAUGGCAGCGACCCUGAGGCCCGGCUCCCGCACAUCCAGGACACUGCUGCACGUCUCCUCAGCCCCGAUGAGGUGACAGCCGUGCUCCGCCACUGCUCCCGGUACCUGCAUGAGGGCAGUGUGGAGGAUUUGGUGCGGCCACUGCUGGCCAUCCUGGACCGGCCCGAGAAGGUCCUGCUGCUACGGGACGUGAGGAGCGUGGUGGCCCCCACAGACCUGGGCAGGUUUGAUAGCAUGGUGAUGCCACUGGAGCUGGAAGCCUUUGAUGCCCUAAAGAGCCGCUCAGUGCGCUCACCUGCCCUCCGCCCGGCCCACCAUGACGCCCCCCCCAAGAGACACCUCAUCACACCAGUGCCUGACUAUCGGGGCGGAUUCCUGCUGAAGCCAGCAGGGACCCCAGAGCCAGAGGAAGCGGGGGAGCAGCAGGCGAGCCCAGCCCGUCCAAGAGCUUCCCCCAGCCCCCGCCGGCCUCACCCCCGCACCUACACCCCGCUCCCUGACGUGCCAGUGGAUGCCUAUGCCUCCACCAGCCGGCCCCUGCCCACCCUCAGCCCUCAGGCCCCGAACUGGCUGCUGGCUGAGCCCUCCCCUGGCAAGGGCCAUGGGCACUCUCGCAGCCCCCGGACCACCUGGCGCAAGGAACCCCCCAGGACAGCGCCCAGCAGAGAAGCUGAAGUGCUGGGGAAGCCCCAGCGGACACGGCCUCCUCUUGCCCCACUCUUUGGGGGGCCAGGGGGUGAGGCAAGGGCUGGGGCAGCCAAUGGCCCUGAAGAUGCUGGCAGGGAGGAAGAGGAGGAGGAAGAGUAUCAUCUGCUCACCGUCACCCUCUCCAAGCUGAAGCACUCACUGGGGAUCAGCAUCUCUGGUGGUAUUGAGUCAAGGGCACAGCCAGUGGUGAAGAUUGAGAAGAUCUUCCCUGGUGGAGCUGCCUUCCUCAGUGGCAUCCUCAAGGCCGGGCAGGAGCUGGUGUCGGUGGAUGGGGAGAGCCUGCAGAAUGUCACGCACCAGAGGGCUGUGGACAUCAUCCGCCAGGCCUACCGCAACAAAGCCAAGGAGCCCAUGGAGCUGGUGGUGCGGGUGCCUGGACCGCCGCCGGAGUGAUGCUGCAGCCCCUUUUUGAGGAGCCAUGCUGUGUUCCAGAGGAGUCAGAUGGCUCAUUCCUGCACUGAGCUGUGGCUGGCCUCAGUGCAGCCAGAGGGUGAGAGCCAGACCUGCCCCAAGGGCAUGGAGCAGCUCCCCACUGCAGGACCCAAGGGAGGACAGCACUGGCGACAUAGGGGAAGGACAGCUGGUCCCUGACCCUGCUUUGGACAUGCAGACAGAGUCCUGAAAAAAACACAGCCAGGGGCUUGUUUUUAAUUGCUGUUUCCGGGUGGUACACUGAUGAGCCAGGCUCUGGGAACGAGACAUGACUGAAAUAAAGUACAAAAAUCCCCCCCUGGAGCCAGGGGUGACCAAGCCACA